AUGUCAAAGGAGGGUUUCUUGUUACUUCAUGAUGAAGGCCGUCGUAGUCAAAUUUAUUAUGGGGUCUUAGGUGAAGGAAAACUUCAAUUCUAUACGAAACGAGAUCGUGGCGUCAUGGUUCGUGAAAUUCUUCUCUCUCGCUCGAGACUCAAAGUACGGGGUAUUUCCGAUCUCGACGGUCGUGGCUGUCCAUACAGUUUUUCAGUACGAAUACAGCGUUCGAGGAUAAGAGAUGGAAGAGUGUUGGUCUAUGGGACACCUGUGCUAUUGGUGAUGAGUGCACCGACGUGGGGGGAACGUAAAGCUUGGGGUAAUGCUAUUCACGCUUGGCAACGAAACUAUUGGGGUGACCCACAGCACAGAGGAAUGGGGCUAGGACCUGAUGAGAUUGAAGUGUUCUUUGAGACGCAGUAUAAAGCACUGCAGAUGGUGUUAGAAACAUCGGUACCUGAUUCAAUGAAACAGGAUGGAGGGAGAUUAAAGAGACAGAGAGCGACGAUUGGUGCAGCAGCAGCGAGAGCGGUGCCUAAAGCUUUAUUUGGAAGAGCACAAGCAGUGAGGAAAGUAGGGAAUAAUGUGAGUAAGAAGUUGAGAGAAAAAGCAGUGGCAUUCUCGUUGCCACCGAUGGGAUUAAGUGUCUCGACAUCGGUGCAGAACCCACCAACAGUCUAA